AUGAAGUACCCGACGUUGUUAAACACACAAGGGUUUCUAGGAGAAUGCCACACGCCGACGAGUUCUAGCUCGACGACCAACUCGUCAUCAUCGGUAUUGAAAUACCGAGUCAAUUAUAAUGGAUUGAUACAAGAAACGUUAGACCUGUAUCCCGAUGGAGGCAUUGGCGACAUAGUCAACGAGUUGUACAAGUACGAAGAAAAUCAACAAGACGGGAAGUUGAUGAUUAACGGGUAUUGUAUUAUUAAAUCGAUUGGAAGUGGACAAUUCGGUAAAGUUUACAAGGCGAAACGCGACGGACAACAGUUGACCAAAUACGAUUGUAAAUAUGUUGCAAUCAAGAAUAUUUCCAAAAGACCCUACACUCAACAAUAUUCCAUGAAUCAAGUGAUGAGACAGAUCAAUAAAUGGAAAAGUCAUGGCAUCCAUGGCCAUAUCGGAGCAGACGAAGCCAUCAUGGUGAUGAACUUGGAAAAAUGCAAGGGGGAGAUAUUCUUGAUGCGUCUUUUACGAGGGAACCGAUAUGUGGUUAAUAUCUUGGAAGUGAUUGAUUCAACUGACUUUAAGAAUAUAUUGAUAGUCAGUGAAUAUUGUAAUUUAGGAGAAUUACAAUGGAAACGCGAGGCGACAGCCGAGAGCGAAAAUGAGGGGAAGCAGAAUGACACGAGAAUGCUACCACAAUGGACCCGAUUUAUGAAAAGACGAGGCAGCCGCAAGGAAGGAGAAGAAGCCACGUGCUCGAUGUUCUACUCGCACGUGUUUAGCGAUUUGGUCCAUGGAUUGGCGUAUUUGAAAAUGAAAGGAUGUGUCCAUAGAGAUAUCAAGCCGUCGAAUGUGCUGUUGGAUUCUCGUAGUGGGAAUUGCAAAUUAUCGGAUUUCGGGUGUAGUGUGGUAACUCCGGCGGUGCUGGAAUCCCGUCUCCGGGUGAAUUCGGGCACUGAAAUCGGGGCGCUUUUUGCCGCCGAGGUCCGGCGGAUAGUGGGGACACCCGCGUUUAUAGCGCCUGAGUUGUGUUAUGAUCAUGUCCAAGGCUAUGAAGAGGCGAAUGACGGUGAGGCAGAGGAGGAGGGGGAGAUGGAUGCGUACAAGUUGGAUGUGUGGUCUACCGGUGUUACGAUGUAUUGUCUGUUGUACAACAGACUGCCGUUUAUGGGAGAGAACGAGUUUGAAACGUACGAGAAAAUUGUGCGAGAACCGUUAAAGUACGGCGAACGAAGGGACAAUGGAGAGUUGAAUGAGUUGCUUGUGAGACGUAUUCUUGUCAAGAAGCCGUGUGAAAGGGCAGGUGUUGAAGAACUUGUUGAAUGGGUGAAGGCUCGGGAACAGUAUGAGCUGGGUGGUGGUGGUGCACAGGAAGCCGAGCCGCCCAGACCCGUGCACCACGCCCACUUUGACAAAAGAGCAUCGUCCAGUCCAGAUGGCCGUGGAGGAGAUGCACCUCGAUACCACGACCCCGUCUCACAAUGGAGUUCAGCGGCUAUUCGCAAACUCCGGAAGCUGACGAUUGUCAAGAAGAAAGGGCCGGUGAAAGGGCCGGUGAAAGCGCCCGUGAAAGCGCCCGUGAAACCCACUACCCAGGCCACGCCAAAACCGUCACGCCCGCCAUCACGCCAGCCUUCUUCGCAAACCGCCCUGCCAAACUCGCCGCCGCCUCCGCCGGAGUCAGCGCUGUCCCCGCCGGAGUCAAUUGUCUUGUCUCGCAUUUCGUCUCGCAUCUCGUCUCGCAUCUCGUCCCGUCUUUCGUCUCACAGCUCGUUACUAUCCCGAUCAUCGGAUGAGCCAGUACAAGUACUGGACUUUCUUGACCACACGUGUCCAGCCACAGAGAUCGCCCCGGAGAUCCCCCCGGAGAUCGCCCCGGAAUGCCCCACACACAGUGUGGAGACUCCUCCGCAGUCUUCUGGGCGCCCCUCGUUGCCCCCUCUGCCCGCUCCACCCGCGGAACCACUGCCGCAAACAUUACAACCAUCACUCGACACGAUGGCAAACAUCCACGAAUAUCUUCGGUAUUCGGAACAAUCGCCAUCGCCAUCGCCAUCGCCAUAA